UAUAAAUGGGAAAGUUUAGUAUUGUUUGUUGUAAAAGAUAAUUCUGGAGUCUUGACGUUAUCGGUUAGUAAAAACUGUUAAAAAAAAAAGAUAAAAUAUAACAUACGAAUCAGUUGGAAAUUUUAUUUCUCAUUUUUGUCGUGAAAAUUAUAGAGCCUUGCUUCGCACUAAACGUGAUGCAUUUUCCUAGCCUAUGAAUAAGCAAUUCUUUACACAAAAUAAUUUACGUAACUGCUUUCCGCUAAACUCUCAGAUUUAUAAUUUUAUAACUUGUUUUUAACUAAACUCACAGUAUUAUAGAUGCAUAUCCAACUCAUUCUUCUAUAAAUUCACCACAAAAAUACACCUGGUUUUUUGUACUCAAUCAUGAACCAUGCACAAUUCUAUCAUCAUACAAACUCCAAUCAAGCCAUAGUCAACAACAACAAUAACAAUAACCUAUCUUCUCCUUUGAAGAUAAACAAAGCCUCUCAUCACAUCAAAAAAAGUUUAUCAAAUUCAUUACCAUCUUCUUCCUCAUCGUCUUCAUUAUACAACACGGUCGCGGCCACUACCUCAACCACCAUCAUCCCUCAUCAACAGCAGCAGCAACAACGUCAACCGGUUAUCAUCUACACUCAUUCACCAAAAGUCAUCCACACGCAUCCGCGUGAUUUCAAGGCAUUAGUACAAAAACUCACUGGUCUUUCUCCUGAAGAGGUCUCUUCGAGUCCUCAAUCAAUGCCUAUGCCUCAAUAUCAUCCAAAAUCCGAGCCAAUAAACGGGGAAAUGGAUCAUGAUCAUGAUACUAUAAUCGGUGCUGAAAGCUGUUUUGGAGAUGAACAAAAUAAUUAUCAUCGGAAUAAUAUGACAAACAUUAAUACUAAUAUUAAUGAGAAAUGUGAUUUAUUGAUGAAUGAUGAUAAUGAUUCGGUUGUCACGGAUGAAAAUAAUGAAUUUAACGGCAGCUCCUGUAUAGGAGAUAAUAAUUCAUCAGCUUCUUGUUAUGUUCCACGUAAUCCAAUUUUUGAUCUACCUAUUAUUAAUGAUUAUAAAGAUACUAAUAAUAAUGAUUUUAGUAAUUAUAAUUACAAUAAUAAUAUGAAUAGUCUUAGUGAUUCUCCAAGUUUUUUUGAUACUAAUUUUACACCUUUUGAUCCUAAUCCAAUUACUAAUUCGUCUGAUUAUUUUUUCUCAGAUCAGCAAUUAUCUAACUAUACCGAUUCUUUAUUUUCUAUGCCUAGUAUGAGAAACUCCUUUUCUUCAUCCUCAUCAGAAAGUAUUAAAGAGCUUCCAGAUUUUUGAUUUUUUUUUUGAUAAUUUUCUGAUUUAAUUUUCCAAUGAUUUAUUACUAUUUUUUUUUUCAGUUAAGAAACAAAAAAAAAUGUUUUUUUUUUCUUUGCGGAAGAGUCUAGAAUUUUGUUUCAAUAAUGAGAUGUCCAUAGUGAAAAGAGGAAGUGUUAUUUUUUUUCAAUUACCGUUUGUAUUAGUUGAUAGCUAGUUUCAUUUGCUCUUAUGAUAUCAAUAAGAGGAAGGUUACUUGUUCUCUUUGAUUGUGAUGUACGGUGUAAAUUCUAUUUAUAUCUUGUUCAUGUACUGUCUAAGAUUGCUAUUUAAUUCGAAGAUCUCACUUAUAAUAUUAUUAUAUUGAGUAUGUUAUUAUUAUAGUUA